AUGGUAAAACAUAAACAUUCUAGUAAGGGAUCAAAAAUCAAAGCUGCAAAAAAAAGAAAAGAAGCACGAUUACAAAAAAAAUUAUUACGUCAAAACAGUAGCACAACAUCUGGACGCGCCGUUCUAAAGCGCGUUGAAAAACUUGUGUGGUUUAUACGGGAUGACCAGAAACCUAUGACGAUGUCUGAUAAUAUGAAAGUUGCUUGUCAAACAGAAGAAACGUCUACAAAUGAAGUUGGUUGUCAGACAGAAGAAAGUGCACCUCCUGCAAGAAUAGAAGAAUCAGCUCCUCCUAGUAACGAUAAUUUAUCUCCAGAAAGAGAUAGGAGAGCUUUAUGGGAAAUCAUCGGAGAGGAUGCAUAUUUAGAAGUAAUAUUCUUUUAA